GAGGGGUGGCAACACUAGGUCUAGACGGGACCUCAGACGUCGAGCUUGUUUGUUUGUUUGUUUGUUUGUUUCAGAGUCUGGCCCGUUACGGAAUUGGUUCCCGCCGCCAGUGCCAUGGUCUUGGAGCUCUACCUGGACCUGCUGUCCCAGCCCUGUCGCGCCAUUUAUAUCUUCGCCAAGAAAAACGGCAUCCCGUUCCAGAUGCAUACGGUGGAGCUGCGCAAGGGUGAGCACCUCAGCGAUGCGUUUGCCCAGGUGAACCCCAUGAAGAAGGUACCAGCCAUGAAGGACAAUGACUUCACCUUGAGCGAGAGUGUGGCCAUCCUGCUCUACCUAACACACAAGUUCAAGGUCCCUGACCACUGGUACCCCCAAGACCUGCAGGCCCAUGCUCGUGUGGACGAGUACCUGGCGUGGCAGCACACAGCCCUUCGGAGAAGCUGCCUCCGGGCUCUGUGGCAUAAGGUGAUGUUCCCUGUUUUCUUGGGUGAGCAAGUACCUUCUGAGACACUGGCAGCCACCUUGGCAGAAUUGGAUGUGAACCUACGGGUGCUCGAGGACAAGUUCCUCCAGGACAAGGCCUUCCUUGUUGGGUCUCACAUCUCCCUGGCUGACUUGGUCGCCAUCACAGAGCUGAUGCAUCCUCUCUGCAACAAACUCCACAGGCGCAGCAUAGGCUCAAUCUGCUGCCGGAGUUAGCCCCUCCACGCCAGCCAGCUCUGCUUCUAGGCACUUCCCGGUGCACACGUUUCUUCCCCGUGGUCCCCCGUGUGUGUUUUUCAGACGGUUAGCCUCACACUUCACGGUCAUCUGAACCGUCAUUGUCAGCAGAUUUGAUGAGAAUCCUUAAAGGGGGAGAAUUAGUUAAAAGAGAGAGUCUUUUUCCCAUGUUAGAAAAUGGAAAACACUGUUACAGUGGAGGGAGUUAGGCCCUGCAUGAUAAUAUGCUGGAUGGUUUAAAAAUGGAAUGAUUAAAUGAGAGGAUAAUUAAUUUAGAUGUGAUUUAUGUCAUGUCAAUUAUAAACAUCAUCCUGCUAUCAUUUUUGUUUUAUCACUAAACAAGUUGGUUAAUAUGGGUGCUAAGAUACAAGUUUUAAAGUUUAAAAACUCAUUAAAACGGAUCAUAGAGAUAUUCAGACCCAGACAGAAGAAUUUAAAGGACAGCCAAUCCCAGCCCUGUGUUAUAAGGUUAGAGAGGGACAGCCUAAGGUUUCCAAACAACCAACUUUAAUUUAUCCAGUAACCUUACAGGGACUACCAAAUGAUAGAUAUCCCCAAGACUGUGUAAGAACUGAAUGGACUCCUGAGGAAAUGUUAGAUUGAAGGAAGCUAUAGUUUCACAUGGCAUGCAUUCACCUUUUGUGAAGCAGAUGUUAAACUCGUGGUCAACUUGUAAUAGAAUUAUCCCUCUAGACUAGAGCAGUCUUGGAGCCUGGUCCUCAAUUACAGUGGAGGACCUGAUGGAAGGAUGAGGUUAAAACCAUUAAACAAUGAAGUAGGGCUAGAGGUGUGGAAAUCUCCCAAGACUAAUUUCUUAGAAAGGGAGAUAUGCUAAUGUACAAAGGCAAUCUCUAUAUGAUGACCACACCCUGGCUUUAUGCUGUCCAGCAGCGUUGAAUGCUUGGGACGGAAUUGAAGAAGUAGGAAAGAAAAUUGAGUCAUUUACUAAAGUAAUGCAGGGCCCAAAAGAAACCUUCACUGAUUUCUUACAAAGAUUGACUUAAGCAAUAAAUAGAAUGACACCAAAUUCAUAAGCUAGACAAAUAAUAAUUGAAUCUCUGGUUUUUGAAAAUGCUAGUGUACAAUGCAAAGGGUAAUUAGACUGUCGGAGGCAAGAUCAGCAUUCUUAGAGGAAUGGAUCAAAGGUACAGACAAUAUUGGAUUUCAGAACCAUGAUAAUGUUUGGAUAAGAGAGGUGAUUUCCAGAGGUUUGAAGAAAAAUCAAAAUGUCAGGUGUUUCAAUUGCAGUAAAUAAGGUCAUCUAA